CAAGUAAUUCUUUGUGCAUUUCUCUUCGUUUUCAAUUUAGUGAACAGUAUUACGGCUGUUAUGGAUUAAAUCAUUCACUUUCAAACUCUAAAUCUCAGGAAAAGGACAUAUUUAGUCAUCUUUAUCGAAAACAGAAGGCGAUGGGUUUUGAAGCAAAGCGGUGCGGCGUGCAGUUUAAACCUCCUGCUAUAGUUCUGGUUUAUAUCCACACCGACACCAACAAGAUACGCAGAAGAAUCAUACCCAUACGAAAUUUCUCCAAAUAUUCCGACUGUAGCAUGGCUGCUGAAAGACUGAAAAACCACCCAAGGCACAGGGGCUAUCUGGAUCAAGUUCCCCUAAGCCAGCUGGAGAAACUCCACAUCAUCCUGCGAGAUCACAUGCAGGGGCUGAGUCUGGAGAACAGCCUCGCUUCGUUCCAGCUGGACCCCGACGAGGAUCUGAACAAACUGGACGACGAGGAACUGGCCCGCAAAAAGGGACAGAUGGACGCAGUGUUCGAGAGGAACCGCAAGCGGAAAGAUGACCCGGACUUUGUGUACGACCUGGAGGUGGAGUUUGACAAAUCCAAGCAAGAGAAGUGCAGCUGGGAUGAAGAAUCAGAUGAGGACUUUUAAAACUGAUCGCGUUAACGCCAAGUAAAAAUAAAGCCUUUUUUUUUUCCUGGACACAGGGCUGGGCCAAGAUUGUAGGAGGGCUCAAGUGGAAUUUGAUUUGGGUCCCACUUCUAGAUACGUCCACUGCAAGUAGUGGAGAUAAACAACAUUAACACUCUGGCUGACAUUUCAGCAUAAGCUCAGACACGGUUGAUAAUAUCAAACUGUGUUUUCGAAAAUAUACAUGCCAGGCUACAACGACACAACUUAGGAUUAAUAAUUGAAAUUUAUUUGUUAUAAAAUACAAGAAUUUUACAAAAUACAUACUUUGGUUUUAUUUAUUGUUGUGGUUCACACUUAAAUGAAGGAUAUUCACAGUCAAAUACGAAAGAAGCUGCUAAAGUUCUAUUAAAUUACAUCUCGAGUCACCGGGAUUUAAACGCAACACAAAUAUCUCUUUGGAAUAAUUUGCCUACAAAAUAUCUUUUCGAUACAAAAUACAUAAUAUAUUUGUCCAUGUACGGUUUUAUGUGGAGAGCCGGCGUUAUCCCUACGGUUGUACAAGCCAGGAAAACGACAGACAUUCAAUAGCAAAGUUGGCUAUGAGAAACUACGUCUUGAAACGCCUGCAGUGUCAAACGUCUUCAGGGGCAACGAUUUCAUUCAAAGUGCUUAAAUAUCUCAUUUAGGUGACAGGAGACAACGACUGACCAUUAGUACCACAAUACAUUCAAAAAUGUCAUAGGCUUGUGUUGAAAAUUUGAUUUUACAUUUCUCUUUUGCCAGUUUGGUUCAAGCUGAUUGUUGUGUCACUCGGUCACUUGCAGUCAUUUAUGCGGUUCUAAUGUAAAACCCUAAAGAGGUAGUAACAAUAAACUAAAUCUGACUUCC